GCGGGCCCGGGCGCCCGCGCUGCGUCUAGCGCGGAAGGCCACCCGCGAGACCGCCAGUGGCCGCGUCGACGGCUUCUUGGAGCAGCCGCUUGUCAGGCAGCCCCGCGUCGACUGGAACACGAGGUUAGCCGAGCUCCGCGCCGACUGCGCAGGAGGGGGGCAGGGCGCGGCGAUGCCAGCGCACCUCGCGGAGAUCACCCCUGGCCACCCUAACCCCGACGACGCGGCGCGGCUCGAGGCUGGGGAGGUCGUCGACGACCACAGCAGGUUGGAGGCGCUCCUCGACCCCGCCCGCGUCGCGCGGCCGCCCGCCGAGUGGCCCGAGGAGCCGCCGCGGGCGCGGGUUAACUGCAAGAAGUUCGAGCACUGGCGCGAGGGGGAUAUCCUCACCGCGGGCGCCCGCGCGGUGCUCGAAGGCCCGUUCGCCGGUGAGAGGAAGGGCAAGCCGCGCGAGGGCCAGAAGCGCCGCGCUCGCCCGAUCUUCUUCAUGGCGCCCUCGAGCGCCAGCCUCCAGAACAUUGUGGAGGGCGCGGCGACGCUCGCGGCAUCCAGAUUCUGGACUAGCAUCCACUCGCCAGCUGUCUGCGCCGUGGUCUGGGGCAACGACGAUCAGCAGCCCCCGCCCGCCUGGCGGGACGGGGUGGCAGCGUCUGUGCCGACGCCUGCCCGCGCUGCGGGGCUCCCGGGCGACCACUUCGUCUGGGUCGCUUCCCGGGUCGUCCCGACAGGCCGGGUGCUGGCG